UACAUUCAGAAGCCAAUUGAACUAGCCCCGCUAACAAAAAAAAAAAAAGCUGUGAAGGAGAAGAAGAAACGAAAUCUUGACAAAAUGAACAACUGAAAUUUUAUUAGAGAAACGGGGCAGGGAAUUUGAACCGGGUCCAGGUUCUGACGCGGAACAAAAGCGACCAAAAAGGGGGACCGCGUUAACGUUAGCUUUAUAAAGCCAGGUAGCUAGCUUAUCACUGUGUUUUAGCUAGCAAGACUUUCCUAUGUUAUCGAUUGCUUGCACUGGCAGGCUAGCUAGUUGGCAUAGCAUCGCUUAUCCGCUUGUGCUGGUCUGAACCCCGGAACAGCUGUCUUCUCACGUGAACCCAGCCAGACGAUUCUGUUGGCGAGCUAGCUUAGACGUUUAGCUUGCUUGCUUGCUGGCUAGCGGGCUUGUACACCGAGGUUAGCGAGCUGCAAUUUGACAGCCGGCAAAUUUGAUGCUGUCUUGCUGUAACGAUAGCUAGCUAACGGGAUAGCUAGCUAGCCAGCAUUCCACGGAGUUAGUGAUGCCUUUCUGUUGUCUUAUUGGACAGUUAUCCCUGGAGACACUUUGACAGUUUUUCUUUCACUUUUGAACAUUUGAAACCCGACAGUUGUCAGCUAGCUGAUGUUAACCAUCCAUAUAUUGUAGAAUGAGUUGCUAGGUUGGGACUAGUUUAUUCGCUUGACGGUCUUCAUUCUUGUUUGAAUAUUAUUCUUUUGUGUUUGCAGCGCAACUUACAUUGAAUUUUAAUUCACCUUAACGUGGGCUAGCAAGCUAAGUAGUUGGCUAGCUAGCUAACUUACAGUCACCGCAUGUUUUCUUGUUUAGAGCGCGAUUCAGUCUACGGUUUUGUUUCCAGACAGCCAUCAUACCAGGAGAAAAGGUCCCCCCCUGCCAGCUAAGUAGGUGUUUUUGCAUCGAAGGUCCGCUAGCUAAUUAUUAUAGUCUAGCUAGCCAACAGUUAGCUAGUUAGCUAGCUACCUAAAAAUGUCGGGACAGUCUAUUACGGAUCGUAUCGCAGCGGCUCAGCACAGCAUGACUGGAUCAGCUAUCAGCAAAGCCGUCUGCAAGGCCACGACGCAUGAAGUCAGCGGACCGAAGAAGAAGCACCUUGAUUACCUGAUCCACUGCACCAACGAGAUGAACGUGAGCAUCCCCCAGCUGGCGGACACGCUCUUCGAGAGGACGGCCAACAACAGCUGGGUGGUGGUCUUCAAGGCCCUCAUCACCACGCACCACCUCAUGAUGUACGGCAACGAGCGAUUUAUCCAGUACCUGGCAUCCAGAAACACACUUUUUAACCUCAGCAACUUCUUGGAUAAAGGUGCAUUGCAAGGCUAUGACAUGUCAACCUUCAUCAGGCGCUACAGCAGGUACCUCAAUGAGAAGGCACUAUCCUACAGGCUGGUGGCAGUGGACUUCACCAAGAUGAAGAGAGGGAUUGAUGGAGUGAUGCGCACCAUGAACACAGAGAAGCUGAUCAAGACUCUCCCCAUCAUCCAGAAUCAGCUGGAUGCUCUGCUAGACUUUGAGGCUAACCCCAAUGAGCUGACCAACGGGGUCAUUAACGCCGCCUUCAUGCUUCUCUUUAAAGACUCCAUCCGCCUCUUCGCCGCCUACAACGAAGGCGUCAUCAAUCUCUUGGAGAAAUAUUUUGAUAUGAAGAAGAACCAAUGCAAAGAAGCUCUGGACAUAUACAAGAAAUUUCUCUACAGGAUGACAAAGCUGUCAGAGUUUCUCAAAGUGGCCGAGCAAGUUGGGAUUGAUCAGGGUGACAUCCCAGAUCUAACGCAGGCCCCCAGCAGCCUACUGGAAGCCCUGGAGCAGCACCUGGCUUCCCUGGAGGGGAAGAAAACCAAGGAGUUCACUGCAGCCAGCAGAGCCAGCACCCUGUCCAGCGCCGUGUCCUCGCUGUCCAACACCGGCAUGUCCUUCAGCCGCGUGGACGAGAAGGAGAAGCAGCAGGCACUGGAGGAGGAGCAAGCCAGGCUGCAGUCCCUCAAGGACCAGCGAUUGAAAGAGAUUGGCAUGCAGACCCCAACAGCGUCCCCAAGCACGCAGUCCAUGGGCAGUGCCAACGGCACCACUGCUGGCAUGGACCUCUUCACCAACCAUGCCACCGCCCCCUCCACCAACAGCAUGCCAAACCUCACCAGCGACCUGUUUGACCUCCAGCCUGCCUUCGUUCCCACGGUCCAGAGUACCCCCUCCAUCUCCACCGUCAACAGUGCCUGGGGAGGUCUGGAAAUCCAUCCCAUCCCACAGGCCGCUCUCCUGCCCUCAAUGAACGUAGAUUUCGAUGCUGUGUUCGGGAGUAAAGUCGCCAGUAACGAUGUGCCACCUUCGUCUGGUGCGGAUGCCCCAGGGGACCUCCUGAAGCCCACGGUGUCUAUGCAGAACCAGGCACCCGCCAUGCCGCUGCACUCGGGGGGCAAGCUGCUGGCCAGCGACCUGGACUCCUCCUUGGCCAACCUAGUGGGCAACCUGCAGUUUGGAGGUACACCAGCCAAAAAGCCGGACAUGCAGUGGACCCAGCCGGGCGAGAAGAAGCUGACGGGCGGCACCAACUGGCAGUCCAAGACCAUGAGCACCACCACGGCCUGGAACCCCGCGCCCAUGGCCCCAGCCCCCAUGCCCGUGCCGCAGAUGAACGGAAUGAUCUAUACUGGCUAUGCCCCAGCUCCGAUGGCUUUCCCCAUGACGACACCUCAAGUGCCUGUGUAUGGAAUGCUCCCCCCGCAGAUGGGGCAGCUGGGCGGGGUUCCUGUGAUGGCGCCGCAGCCCAUGAUGUACAACCAGCCUGUUCUCAGACCCACCAACCCCUUCGCCCCCAUCCCCGGAGCCCAGAUGCAGUUCAUGUAGUACUGGCAGCAGCGUCGGGUUAAAUGUGGCAGCAAAGACCACGAAACGAACAAGCAAAGAAGAAAAUCCAACAAACCAACGCCAAAUACAGGGAGAGAGGGAGAAAGAGAGCGAGAGAGAGAGAAGGAGAAGGAGGAAACUGGAAAGGAGAAGUGCACACAUAGACUGAGGAUGCGUUUGUCUCAUUACUGUUCCAGCGCUUUGUCGUCCAUUGUGCGAAACAGCACCCGCCCCCCCGCCCACACCCUGUCCGAGCUCACUGUUUGCCCCCUCUUCACAUGCCGGGGGCCCUUUCGACGGCCAAACUGGACUUUCGUUUCCUCUCUGGUUUUUGUUUCUUUGUGGGUGGCGGGGCUCUAUGUGGUUAAACUGACAACCGAGGUUAGGGAAAGGGUAUAGAUUGCAGUUCGCCAGAGGCUGGUCGAUGCUUUCCUUUUUCCUUUUUCUAGUCUGACUUUCUCUUGCCCUCCCCCUGUUUUGAGAGGUCUGGAGGUUGGGCCGCAAAAGGCCGUUUCCAUGUUGUCUUGUUUCUAUGGGUUGCGUCUGUUACUGUGAUGCUGUUUGUGAGCACUCUGGUUGAUGUCAAGUGUAAAAUCAAGCUAAGGGCACCAUCCGGCUUGUGGCCUCGUCUAGCCAGGCUUGCGGAGGUCCAGGUUGGUCAGGUACCUCUCUCAACCAAUACGUUUUUUUUUUUUUUUUGUUUUGUUUUUGGUAUGAUCCGUCCAUGCUACCUUUUGCACAGCGUUUUCCUUCGAACAUCUCUUCACAUCACACAUCCAAACAUUUUUUGAGUUUACUGUGGACGUUAAAUGUGAGUCGGUGAAGUGUGUAUUUUCAGAUUCAGGUAAGGAAAAGGAUUGGCUAUCUGAAUUGGUGCUUUGUACCUCUGAGCACUUUAUGAGUAAGUGUGCGUGCGUGCGUGUGCGUGUGUGCGUAAGCGAAACGGAGAUGUCGCGUCCUGCCGUCGCUCCCCCUCACAUCAAGGUCACUGUGAAAGCUGUGGUCUGCAUGGCGGUGAAUCAGCCUUGAUUAGUUAGUCCAUGUGCUUGCACGCAUGCAUGUGUGUGUGCCUGCCAAGUACCAGUUACAUUGUCAGCUGUCCCCUUAGAGCUACAGAGAUAUCAGCAGUUUGAGGGUUUUUUUUUUUAAAUCCUUAAGUUUCUGAUGUGAGCAUGUUAAGUCGAGAUCAGUUGAGGUUUGUCCCUCCCUGCUUCCCAUCCUUCCCCGCUGUCAGUGGCACCGUGUGGGUUGCUACCGUAGCGGGGUCGAAUGAAACAGGUGAAACGCAACCCGUCGAUCCCGGUGUGUGAGUGUCUCACUUGCAGUUUUCACUUCUUUUUCAAUUGUUGUUCCAAAAAUCUUUCUUCCCCCCCUGCAUUCCAUUACUUUGAAAGGUCAAUUUUUUUAACCGAGACUUUUAGCUAUUGAGUUCUUUGCCUUUCUUGUGUUUGACCUUGUAAAUAAUCUUCUUCUUUCAUGUUGGGAAUGAGGAGACCCCUGCCCUCUGGCUCCUGUUCACUGGUGUAUAGGGGGGCACCCUGUGAGGGUCCUUCCACAUCAGUCAUAAUCUGAUUAAUAGUCGCACUUCUGCUAUGAUUAUGGUUAGUAUUAUUUCUGUGUCUUUGUGUAUGAAAGCUUAGUGUCAUUUAAUGGCCCUUAAUACAAGUUCAGUCUUGAGUCCUGCGAGGGUAAAGAGUGGUGGGAGAAUGUAGGAGUCAAUUUUGAUUUGAUGAUUUCAUUUGUUUGCCAUCUGUUUGAGAUUAUCUGAAAUCCGGUUUGCUUUUGGUCUGAGGAGCAAGUCGAUUUUGUCCACUCAGCGGGCCACAAGGUGCUGGGCUGCCAUUAGCGAUGGACCAGCCUGCCUCUUGGACUUGUGUCUGUAAGACCCUGUGGAUGUAACGAGCAGAUCCUCGUCCAGCGAUACAGUAACUGUGCUUGACAUUUCUGCCACAGCCUAACAAUUGCUGAAUGAAAGCUCCUCAAACUCACGGGGGCCACUGCUCCCAUGACCUCCUUAUUGUCACUUGACGGCUGCUUUUUCCUCCUCGUUGUAGGGUCUGUGACAGUUGGAACAUUUUGUUGUGAGAAAAUCACUUAACCUCCUCUGAUGUAAUCGACAGCCUGUGGUUGUGAACACAAACGCGGGCGAGAUUAGUUUGUGAGAACCACAGGCAAAGGGGGUGUGUCAGAGAGAAUCAGUCCUGGGCUGUUUACCCUCGUGUGGGGACUUCUGGGUAAAACACAGGACUUUUUGUUUUUUUUUCCCCUUGUGUACCUGGCCGAACAGAUCUGUGUACAGCUCUGACAGGAUUUUCCAGCCCGGGUUCACGUUUGUGUUCCAAACUGGACUGGCUGGCGUCCUGUCAGAGAGUGUCUGCUACUGCUCAACUCGGGGUGACAUGGUCAGCUUGUAGAGUUGCCGGUGGGAGCAGCGGGGCGGGGACGGGGGCAGGGUUUGUGAGGGAGGAUGGGGUGUGUUCAUGUAGUAGUCGUCGUCGAUGUCUGUCAGGAGUCCAACCUAGAUUUAUUGUGUACCAGCAUCACUAUUGUAUAGCGUUUUAGCACAAGAGGGAAGUGGGGAGUGAGUAAGUGAUGAACAAAACUGCACAAAACUGAAUUCCAGCUGCUGGAAUUGUCACGGGGGGAAAUUUUUCCCUUUUUUCCCUAUUGAGGAUCAUUUGUACUAAAACACAAAGGGAGUUUUUAAAUAUCUCGUCCUUUUUUUUUUCUUGAACGUUAAUUCAAGAAUAAUAAUUGAAGCUAAAUUCUAUGAAGUGAUAGAUGAUUAUGUUGAUCCAAUAACCUUAAACAGGGUAAAUCCCAGCCCCAGUGUGUGACUUCUGUGUCCCAGUGUCCCGCAAGGCCAGUCGUCACAGUCGUUGGCUUAUGUGCUCAUGGCCAGUUGUAGUAAACGGUAAAUAGUCCUGUGCUGUAACGUGUCUAACCUGUCCUCUGUCUGGUAGAUAGUUCUAGAACUCUCCAAGCUGCCUCUUGUCGUCUUGCUUCUGUCCAUCUCAGUUCCAUUGCGCUGCGACCGAGUCCUUUUGUCUCCUACUUUUGCGUCAACAUAGUACAGUACUCCAUCUGAAUGUCCACUUUCUGGAUUUUGUGCUUAACGGGGAGUAAAACCAUUUCUGUCGUGUCCACCCUUGUAUACGCCAUCCCCCAUUUGUCAGUGAACGUCUUCACUUGCUGAUAGAAAUUCACACAGAGAAAUGUGUUUUUUUUGUCUUUCUGGUUAGGUGGUAGCGAAUGGGAUAUGUGUUGAGGAGCUGAGCUCUCGUCAGUUCAGGGAGACGUUCCCUACUGCUUUGUCUGUCAAGACUGUUAAACGUAGUGUUGUUACUGAGCUCUUCAGAGAGAAGUCCCGUCAACCAGUUUCGCGAGCAUUUGGCGUCGAGGUCUUUGAGUACGACUUCUCACCUCUUUCUAUUUCUGAUUGCUCUGGGUUUUUUUUUUAUUCGUUGAAUCCUUUUUUGCAUGGAAUCCUGUCCUGUUUGUAUAGUGGAGGUUGCCUGUAUGUAUAUAGAGCUGGUGGAGCUAGGGAAAGCACAAAGAGACCAGGGGAGAAUUGUGGAUAGGGAGACUGUAGGGAACCUCUGUCUUUGAAUGCAUGGUCAGUGUUGUGUUGUUCUUUUGGGGUGCAUGAUAUUAUAUGUAGUCACGUUAAUUUGUAAAGUGUGGGGUCAUCGUGCUGGGGUCAGGCCUUUGGCCAGACUGAAAAGAGUGACUUAGGCUGUAGUAUUUUUUUCCGUCAAACAACCUGCAGGUUUCAGCUAGCCAGACCAUACGCAUUGAUGUCAUUCAAGUCACCAGGGUUAUUGCCCCCAACUGCAGCGCUAAGACUUACAAGGAGUUUCCAGUGAUGCUGCUUUUAAGAUCUGUGUCAAAGCAUGGGCUUUCCAUAUUUGCAUUGGCAGCGCCCUCUGUUGGUGACUGAGUAUCCUGCACCGUCCCCUCCGUUGUGACGUCUGGUGUUCUGAUCCCUUUUGUUACUGAUGUCCAGCUUCCGCCUUGAUUCCUCUGCAAGUUUGACACAGCCUCAGCCUCACCCAGUGGUAACUUGAUACUGCUGUGUAACUGAGCUGUGUAACUGCUGCAGUGAAAUACAUGGCGAAAUAAAUGGGUUCCUCCCCACCUUUCAUCAUCAGGGAAUAUAACAGGUAGAAUUCAAUUUUUGGUCAGUGUCAAACCUGCACAUUUUUCAACAUGUACUUUCAACUGCUGCCUCAAUACUCUGUGUAUUCAUAUUCUGCAAUGUAUACAUUUUAGCCUUUUUAAUUUUCUGACAUUUUAUAUAUGAUAUAAUGCCUCAUAUAUGAUAUGUGUAUGUGAUGCAUUAUAUACUGCAUAAAGAGCAUAGAUACACUUAAUCCAUUUGUAUUUGACACCAGGGGAAGAAACGCUGCAACUUUGUGUAGGUCAUCUUUAAUGCCAAAUGAUACUCAAUGAUGUUGAGAGAGCCCACACCUUUCAAAUGUUCAGCUUCUUUUUCUUUUUUGUACAUUUUUAUUUAUAUAUGCAUAAUAUCAGGAUUUCAAGUCUUACAUAAGAUUAAAAAACAUUGAAAAAUAACCAUGAGUUUUUAUUUUUAUGCAUAAUUUCA